UUGGGGAAUUCUAAAAAAAUUUUCGUGCUCCGAAUCCCAAAAAUCGAACAUCUAACGCUGCUAGUGCCUCCAACUUAUUUAAUCUUCUGCCUUCUUUCCCCGUUGAUUUUUAAUUUUUUAAAGAUGUUAAACGGUCUAACAACAGCAUCUCCUUCAAUUGGCCAUCCUUCCUCACAACCCCCACCUCAGCAACGACUAAAUAGUCAACAUGGACCAAAUUCAGUAGGUCAAGUCCCGCAGCAACAAAGUGCUGUGUUGGAACUUCUUUUAAACAACCAAUCUUCUAGUGCCUCUUCUAAUAUAAAUAAUAGUCCUAGGCAGCAGUCUUACUCAUCAGCUGGAAAUUACCCAAACAAGUAA